CCCUCGGCGGCGGCGGCCGGGCCGGGCACGGCGGCUCCGGGCGGCGGGGCCGCCGCCGCGGGCUCCGUGAGCCCCUGGGACAUCGCGCUGUGCGCCACGGGCACGGCGGUGGCGGGGGAGAACGCGCUGGUGCUGGCCGUGCUGUUCUACACGCCGAGCCUGCGGGCUCCCAUGUUCCUGCUGAUCGGCAGCCUGGCGCUGGCCGACCUGCUGGCCGGGCUGGGGCUGGUGGCCAACUUCGCCGUGCGCUACCUGCUGCGGCCGCCCAGCGAGGCGGCGGAGCUGGCGGCGGCGGGGCUGCUGCUGGCCGCCUUCUCCGCCUCCGUCUGCAGCCUCCUGGCCAUCACCGUGGACCGCUACCUGUCGCUGUACAACGCGCUCACCUACCACAGCGAGCGCACGCUGGGCUUCACCUGCGCCAUGGUGCUGCUGAUGUGGCUGCUGUGCCUGGGCGUGGGGCUGCUGCCCCUCCUGGGCUGGAACUGCCUGCGGGACCAGAGCUCCUGCAGCAUCCUGCGGCCCGUCACCAAGGACAACGCGGCCGUGCUGGCCGUCACCUUCCUGCUCCUCUUCGCCCUCAUGAUGCAGCUCUACCUGCAGAUCUGCAAGAUCGCCUUCCGGCACGCCCAGCAGAUCGCCGUGCAGCACCAGUUCAUCGCCACGGCUCAGGCCACCUCCACCCGCAAAGGGCUCUCCACGCUGUCGCUCAUCCUCGGCACCUUCGCCCUGUGCUGGAUCCCGUUCGCCAUCUAUUCCCUGGUGGCCGAUUCCAGCUACCCCGCGGUCUACACCUACUCGCUGGCGCUGCCCGCCACCUGCAACUCGCUCAUCAACCCCAUCAUUUACGCCUUCAGAAACCCAGACAUCCAGAAAUCGCUCUGGCUGGCCUGCUGCGGGUGCAUCCCUUCCACGUUCUCCUCCAGACCAAGGACAUCCAGCGACGUGUGAGGACUGAGCGUGGAGCCAGAGGUGCUCCCUGGCUCUCCUCCUCCUGCUCUUUUUCCCCUCUGUCGUUAUUGUUUCCCACCGGGAGGAGCCCCCCGCCCGGCCAGCACAUCUCGUUCCAUGGAAAGAUGGCCAAAAAGAGAGAGAGGAAAAAAAAAAAAAAAAGAAAAAGGGAAAAAGAAAGAGAGAGA